GAUAAACUCCUUAAGGAGCACAAGCAGACAUUGGCUGAUUACACUGAUAUGCCAAGACCGGAACAAUCCAUUUUAUCUGAGAUAAACGAUACCGUUCUGCAGCAAGAACUAAACUAUGAUGUGCAGAAGGAGGCUGAAACGCAUGGCAUAUUGUUUGACGCAAUGAAUCAAGACCAGCGGAUUUUUUACAACGCAGUCUUGGAGUCUAUAAGAGAUCAGUCAGGAAGGUUGUUCUUUGUUUAUGGAGCAGGAGGGACAGGAAAAAGGUACCUAUAUAGGACUCUUAUCGCAAGGCUUAGGUCAACUGGCAAAGUCGUUAUUCCUGUUGCUACGGCUGGGAUCGCAGCACUGCUGCUUCCAGGCGGCCGAACAGCUCAUUCCCGGUUUAAGCUACCUCUGACUCUAGAUGAUCAUUCGAUGUGUAAUAUUCACAGAGGGUCCAGCUUGGCAACCCUAUUAUCGAAAGCAGAUUUAAUAAUAUGGGAUGAAGCUCCAAUGGCACACCGUCACGCUUUUGAGACUCUAGACCGUUCCCUCAGGGAUUUGAUAUCUCCUGAAGACCCCUUAUCUGCAGACAAGCCGUUCGGUGGCAAGACCAUGCUUCUUGGAGGUGAUUUCAGACAGAUAUUGCCAGUAGUGCCGCAUGGUAAACGUUCUGAUACAGUCCUCGCAUCCCUUAGCAAAUCUUAUUUAUGGAACCUGGCGAAGGUGUUCACACUUUCCAUAAACAUGCGACUGCGGCAAGAAGACAAGGAUUUUGCUAAGUGGAUAUUGGCAGUUGGUGAUGGAGAUGCUGAGACUAUAGAUUCACAUAAAGUUAAGCAUGAUGAUGGUGAUCAGAUUAUUGUGGACGAGAGUUUCUUAAUACCUAAAUCCGACUUUCCUCAUGAGGCGUUGGCAAGUGCUGUGUAUCCUAACUUCCUGCAUAACUACAGGAACAAGGACUACCUGAGAGAGAGAGCAGUUCUGACGCCUACAAACAGUACAGUACAUGAGGUAAACUCAUAUCUCCUCUCUCAGGUCCCGUCUCAGGCUAGAGAGUAUAUAAGUUCAGAUUCAGUAGAGCUGGAAGCUACACCAGAUGAUGAUUGGACCAGCCAUUACCCCCAAGAGUACUUGAAUUCUCUAGAAUUUCCUGGCCUUCCAAACCAUAGAUUGUGUUUAAAGGUAGGAGCUCCCGUAAUGAUGCUGCGCAACCUAAAUCAGGAUCAUGGUCUAUGCAAUGGUACAAGAAUGGUGGUCAGUAAACUUGGUGAUAGGAUUAUUGAGGUGGAAAUCAUGACAGGUUCAGAAGCUGGGGAACGAAUAUUGCUCCCUAGGAUACAGUUAAGCCCGACUGACACCAUACAUCCUUUCACCUUUCGUCGACGACAGUACCCAGGCCAGCUAUAUGUUGCCAUGUCCCGAGUGACAACGCCUGGAGGUUUAAAGAUAUUAGACGACACUUCCGAUAAAGACGGUCAGGAGGGAGUUACUAAUAUCGUGUACAAGGAAGUUUUCAAGGAUCUCAGAGUGACGCAGUGAUAGGUUCAGCAGCUAUCGGACGAUGAUCAGAAUCCGAAAUACACGAUCGCGUAUGUGUCGAAUCCGGUUUCUUCUCACCCGCAGAGACUUUCUUCUAUUCUCAAUUUUUAUAAACUUGCACGAUUUUACAAGCAGCGAAACCUAUUCUCGGUUGCUUUGAUUUUAAUUUAAAUACAAACACCUAUAUAUUAAUCCGGUUUAGACGGUUUACUAUGAUCCUUUCAUAAAGUUUUUACUUAUAAGAUAA